AUGGCCAUCUCCGCCGCCUGCAGCAUCUGCCUCCACGCCGCCCCGCCCACUCGCCGUGGCGGCAGCGUCGUAGCCUCCGCCGUGCGGUUCGACAGGCGCUCGGCCGUCCUGCUCCUGCUGUCCGCGGCGGGCGCGGCGACGCCGGCGUUGACAGCUCCACCGGCGAACGCUGCGGGCAUCGGGCUCUUCGGCAUCCGCAAGAAGCUGGAGCGGGCGGAGGAGGCAGCGGCCGAGGCGGUGCGGGAUGUGGAGGAGGCGGCGGUGGAGGCCGCGGCCGUCGGCGGGGAGGCAGUGAAGGAGGUGGUGAUAGAGGCGGAGAAGGAAGCGAGCGAGGUCGCCGGGGAGGGCCUGCAGCUGGUCGCCGGCGCGGAACUCGCCGGGGAUGGGCUGGUCCAGGCCGCGGUGGUCGCCGGCGCCGAGGCGCUCGGGGUCGUCGUGGGCCUGUCCGUGGUCAACGGUAUCCUAAAGCCGGAAGCUUAG